CAGGAAGGGGCAACGAGGCUCGGCCGGUUAAGGUAGCUGAAGUUAGCCGUUCGUCCAUGUUCCUUUUAGCGUACGGUAGAAUAUCCACGGUAGUUUUAGUCUGACAUGAUAUUACAGUGAAAUUCCUCUUCGACGCAUCCCGCUCGAUGUUUAUGGACGGUCCGAAGUUAACGUGUCUUUGAACGGAACUACAGGUAAAGUAAAACGAAAAUGCCUCUACACGGGAAAAUAGUCGUGAUCAAGAGGAGUGGAGGCGAUGGCACCGAGUUUCCUCUCACUGCCACAUGCAUGUUCGGAAGGAAACCUGACUGUGACAUUCGUAUUCAGCUUCCUCAAGUCUCCAAGGAGCACUGCAGAAUUGACCUGAAUGAAAAUAAAGAGGUUGUUUUGACAAAUUUGAGCUCAGUGAAUCCGACCCGAAUCAACGGGGAGGCUCUGGAGCAGUCUGAGCGUUUGAAGCAUGGAGAUGUGAUAACAGUUAUUGACCGUUCUUUCAGGUUUGAGUAUCCUCCAGCACCAACACCAAAGAAGAGAUCUUCCGCAGGAGGCAAAAGUGAAACCCUCAAAGUUCUUCAGGAUCAGCAAGUGGUGGACACUUUCACUGUUGAAACAGGAGAAAGGAAGCUCUCUGAAGUGUUCACAGAUGGAACUAAUCAUGACAACAUCCAACGAACCCUGGAGAACACAGUGGAGGUGGAGUCCAAGGAGGAUGCCACCCUGCUGCAAAACAAGACCAACUCCCCAUUCAAUGAUCUGUAUCAAAUGAUAAAAAAGUCUCUGGAUGUCAAGACCCCUCGUAAAUCUUCUGCCAGUUUGCUUCAAACUCCUGCCUCAAAGUUUUGCACCCCAAAACCUGCGUCUGUCAGGAAAAGCGAUGUAAAACCUGUCAUUUUCAAAGAAGACCAAGGCACUCCUAAGAUGAAGAAUGAGGCUAAAGUAAUUCCUGAAGCUGACGAAAUCAAGGGGCAAGAUGAGAGUUGUAAUACUGAGACCCCAAAGUCUGUGAAGAAGCAGAAGAAGUCACCCCCAACAUCUUCUGAGAAUCCCGGACCUGCAGCUGAAGAAGUUGAUCAUGUGAUCAAGUCUGAAACAACUUCACCUCAGAGGAGAACCCGUGUAACCCCCCAGAGGUUCAGUGCAUCUGAGGUUGUUGGCCAAGUUUGUGUUGAAACUCCAAAGUCAACGGUGAGAAGAAGCAGCAGGGAGACCACACCAGUUAAACCAGCAGUGACUGCUGUUGAACCAGAGCCCGUUCAGAGGAAAUCACCAAGGAACUCUGGGAAAGCUGAACAAGUAAAAGAGACGACCAAAAAGCGCAAAUGUGGGAAACUUGCGGCUGACUUGCCCACAUCACAAAUGAAGAGGAAGCGUGUUUCCUUUGGAGGUGCCCUGAGCCCAGAGUUGUUUGAUAAACGACUUCCUCCUGACUCUCCAUUAAGCAAGGGAGCCUUUCCACGGAGAAGCUUGUCUCUGUAUAAACCCCAACAGUCACUCCUGAGAAGAGCAUCAGCCAUUGGACUCUUGAAGGCCUCUUCACCUGGAAAGAAGUCACCGAACUCAAAGUCCUCUUCUCCCAAGGCAGCAUCUCCUGGAAAGAAAUCGCCAAAGUCAAGGUCCACUUCUCCCAAGGCAGCAACUCCUGCAAAGAAAUCCCCCAAGACCCCAUCUUCUGUAAGAGGAAGUUCUCCCUCAACUCCCACAGUGCAAGGGCGCUUCUCUGUGUCCCGCAUCAUCACGCCAUCUCCAGUGGCAGAAGACUCUGUCACGUUAACCCCCAAAAUACCUCUGAAGAGGAAGAGCAUGAAGAGCACCUCAAGAAAGACCCCAAUUAUUGCCAAGAGCUCUGUAAAAGUGAUCCGCAGGAGUGGCAUCUCACGGGCCUCUAUGAAAGUGAAAAAUUCCUGGGUGGACAUUGUGAAAUUUGGUCAACCUAAGGCUCAAGUGGCUGCUCCAGCUAUAAAGAUGGUCACCAAAAAGACCACAAAGAAGACUGUGUCCAAACCACAGACACCUGCAAGAAACAUCAAAGGCCACGUCAGCACCGGACACGCAGAUUCACCUGCUACCAUCAUUGUGGGCAGAGCGCACACACAAAGCGUCUUACACCCAACUGGGGCUGCACCAGGAGUGGUCACCAAUAUUGCCCUCUUAAAAAAGAACAUGAAAAUGGACGAGGACUUGACUGGAAUUACUGAAAUGUAUAAAACCCCGGUAAAUGAAAGGAAGAAGAGAUCUGCCAUCAAUAAAAGUGUCGACCAGACACCAGGGGGAAUUCUGGGCACAUCUGUGGUCGAACCAUCAGUUCUGAACACACCAGAGGGGCCAGGGGAAAUGGUGGUUUCUCCACUGAAUCUGGUAUCUACAGUGAAAGACAGAAGUUACAACAGUGAAGCAGUUCAACGCCUCCUGAAUGAAGAUAAAGAUUCCAGCUUUGUCAGUGUGCUCCCUGCAUCAGAGAUUCCCUCUGAUGAAUCUAGUGAGCAGAAGAGCACCAAGGUGAAGACAAGCCCUGUAAAAACUCCCAAACGGCAACCAGAACAACCCGAGUGUCUCUCUGGAUCGAAGAGGAUCACGAGGACCCCAAAACAAAAACCUGAACCUGUUGAGGACCUGAGGGAGAAGAUUUUGAAAACUCCAAAGCAGAAACCUGAACAACAAGAGUGCCUCACUGGAGUGAAGAGAAUCAUGAAGACUCCCAAACAGAAGAUUGAACAGCAAGAGUACUUGACCGGAGUUAAGAAAAUCUUCGAGACCCCACAAAAGGAAGCUGAAGCUCUCGAGGCUGAUGAUGUGAGUCUCUGUGGUGUUGAGGAACCUCAGGAGACACCAGCACAUGUGCCAGAAUCCGAGGACCUGUCUGAAAUGGCUGACAUGAAAACUCUGAAUGCAAAGAGCUCUCCAGUGCUGUGUCUAGAAAAAGAACUAGACUUUGCCAAUGAGGAUCUACAAGAAGACAAACCAUCAGAUGUGAUCGAUGAGGUUCCCCAGGUUGACACAGCAAAAGAAGCUGUCUCAGAUGAAGUUGUCAACGACACGAAAGAGGAGCCAAGUGAAAACGAGUCAUCAGAUGUCAUAGAAACCAUCUCUCAGGCAGCUGAAGAUGAGAGUUUACCUGAGGAACAACCAGAAGUGAACACAGUUAAGAAUCUGUCCGAGGAACAACCCGAAGUGGAAGCAGUUGUUGAGAAUCUGUCCGAGGAACAACCCGAAGUGGAAGAAGUUGUUGAGAAUCUGUCUGAGGAACAACCUGAAGUGGACCCAGUUGUCGAGAAUCUGUCUGAGGAACAACCCGAAGUGGACGCAGUUGUCGAGAAUCUGUCCGAGGAACAACCCGAAGUGGACGCAGUUGUUGAGAAUCUGUCCGAGGAACAACCCGAAGUGGACGCAGUUGUUGAGAAUCUGUCUGAGGAACAACCCGGAGUGAUCGAGAUUUCAACUGGCCAAGACACAGAAAUGGAGGCCGCUGCUGUGGAUCCUAUUCAAGAGAAGAAACCUGUUCGAGGGAGAAGAGCAAAAACUGUGGAACCUGAGGCAGCUGAGGAUAAACAAGAUGCAGCAGAACAUUCUGAGGAACCUGUCGCCCCGACUACAGUCAGAGGAAGAAGAGGGAAGAAGACUGAAACCACAGCUCCAUCUACUGUUCAACAGAAGACAAGAAACAGAAACGCAAAAACCACUGAAAUCAAGGAUGCUGAUCUCACAGUGGAAGAAAGUGCCUCUCAGCCUCCAAAAAUUGACGCCAAGCCUAGAAGAGGAAGAAACGCCAAAAAGGCUUCUGAUGAUCAAGCUGAAAUAGUUGCUACUGCAACCGAAAAUGCACCAGAAGCUGAGGGCGAACAGAUCCCUGCAGUUGAAGUCGACCACAAAGCAGAUGAGAGUGCAGCCCCUCAGGAGCAAGCUGCUCCGAAGCUGAGGCGAGCGAGAAAACCAAAACAAGAAACUGAACUGUCUCUGCCAGAGCAGCAAGAUGUAGCAAAGGAGCAUUCAGAGGAUCCUGUGGUCCCUGCUCCAGUCAGAGGAAGAAGAGGGAAGAAAACCGAAGCCACUGCAGCACCUGCUGUCCGAGAAAAGACAAGAACCAGAAAUGCCAGGUCUCAAGGAAACGCCUCUGAUGAUAAACCUGAAGCUGCCCCAGAGAAAUCACUGGAAAUGCAACCUGUGACUGAGAUUCCCUCUGAAGCUGUGAGUGACCAGAGUUCUCUGAUCAACACCCGCCAAGAAGAAAAUGAUACUGCUCCCCCUGCAGAGGAAGCUGUAGUAAAGCCUGUUCGAGGGAGAAAAACAAAACACACACCUGUUGAGCCUCCUCAACCAGAGCCGGAGAACGCUGAAGUUAGUGAUGAGCCUCAACAGCCCAUUCCCAUUGUUGCAAAACCCAGAAGAGGCCGAAAGAUGAAAUCUGACACCACUGAACAAACUGGGGCUGCAGAAGACACAGUGGUUACUGUGGAGACCAAGCAGGAGUCUCAGCCCCCAGUCAGGGUAAAGAGGGGAAGAAACACCAAACGGGAGGAAGAAAAGCAAGAGAAUGAUGUCAAGACUAUUUCACCCGAGACCUCUGAUGUCCAAGAGCCAGUUAAAAAAUCAACAAGAACCAGGAAAACUAAGGAAGAACGUGUAAAACCAAAGGAAGAAGAAAUCCAAACUGUUGAAACUGUCGCCCCCGAGGAGGCGGAGUCUUUGCCUGUUGCUGAACCACUGGAGAUGAAUGAGCAGGUUCCUGUCACCGCAAAACCCAGGAGACGAGGGCAAAAAGCCAAACAAGCCGCUGAAAGUGAAACACCUGUGGAGUCCACUGAGGUUGAAGAAGUGCCUGCUGUCAAACCCAAACGAGGCAGGAGAGGAAAAGAAGCUACUGAAGUUGCUGCUGAAGUACCAGAGGCACUGGAGGCUGAGGAGGAAACUGCUGAGCCAGACGCUCCAGUCGUUAAACCUGCGAGGGCAAGAGGUGUGAAAACUGUGAAAAAUCAAGUCUCAGAAGUCAUUCCAGCCAAAAGAGCACGUCGGGGUGCUGCAACGCUCACCGAGGACACACGCACUGAAUCCACAGCCCUGGAUUUGUCUGUUCCAGCUGCAGAGCCGGCUAAGAGGGGGAAACGGGCUGCAGCUAAGCCCACAACAGAUGAUUUGACGGUGAGCAGCGAUCAGGUGAAUACCUCAGAAGAUUUAACCAGCGCUGUUACAGAAGACGUCAAAGGGUCCAAAAGGUCCGUGAAGUCGAAAUCAGACCAUGAGGUGUUCCAGAUUCCAAAAGCAACACCCGUCAGAGCUGUGCGUGGAAAGAAGUCCAAACUUGUUGACGCUGAGAGCAAAAACACGUCGAACGAUGCCGACAAAACUGAAGAGAAGGAUCUCUCAGAGGAAGUUGUUGAAGCUCAGCCCAUCAAGAGAGCCAGACGAGUGACAAAGGUCACUGAAGAAAUGGUGGAUCCCAAGGAAGAUGCUGAAGCUGAGACACAACCAAAAACCCGCAGAGGAAGAGCAACAAAGAAAUAAAGGCAUUUGUGUAUAUAUAUAUUCAGUCAAAAUUACAUUUUUCUCUUUAUACGUUUUGUAUUUGUGAUGUUUUAGAUUGUUUAGUAUUUUUAGAGAGUAGUUUUAUUAGGAAAUUGAGCACUAGAUUUUCUUUUUCUUUUUAUUGAAGACUGCAGGGAAUCUUGUCUUAACCAUUUAUAUAAGUUGUAUGUUAUUCAUUAUCGAUCUUGCAACAAUUUUAACAGUGGGAAAAAAUGGUCAUUAAAUUUUUUUUUAUACAAUUCAAAAGCUGGUGUGGAUUUCUCAUAUUUUGGAAUAUACUUUUAUCUGAAUAUGUAAUAUCUGGUACUUCAUGUUUAAAAAGAUUCUGAUGUUUUAAAAAUAAAUCCUAAAGCUUAUACAAAGCCUAUUGAAGAUU